GGCAUGCAAAGCAACAUAUGGUUUACAAAUCAGAGCCGUUUUAAUUAACAAGAGCGUGGACAUUCAUUGGGAUGUAUAAUACAUAUGACUGAAUGUACAAUCACGACCAGGUUCAGUAAAUGAUUUAUGUGUAGUACAAGUUUCCAUACAUGUGCCUGCUUUGGUCAGCAACAAGAUAAGGAGGACAAACCUAUUGAUUCACGACAAGAAAAGAAUACAACACAUUUACAAUGAAAUAUAAAAGUACUCGUGGUGACGUCACGGGACAAACUUUUGAGGAAGCUUUAUUUACCGGAUAUGCAGCAGAUGGCGGACUAAUUCUCCCAGAAACCAUUCCAAAGAUUGACGCUAAGGAGCUAACAUCAUGGGCCAAGCUAUCCUACGUAGAACUAGCAAAGAAAAUAGUUCCCCUGUUUGUAGACGAGGAUGAGAUUCCAACAUCUGAUUUAAGUGAUAUUAUCGACAAAGCCUUUUCCCGUUUCUCGGUACCGGAAGUUAGUCCAAUAAAGCGACUUCCGGAUGGAUUAAAUGUGAUGGAACUGUUUCACGGGCCGACAUGGUCAUUCAAGGAUUUGGCUCUUUCGUGCGUCGGACAAUUCAUACCUUAUUUUCUUUCAAAGAGAAAGAAACACUUUAAUAUUAUCGUUGGAACGUCCGGUGAUACCGGAAGUUCGGCCAUUGAAGCCGUAAGGGGACAGAAGUGGAUUGACAUUGUGGUGCUCCUCCCAAAGGGGCGCUGUUCACAGAUACAGGAACUUCAGAUGACCACUGUGAUAGAAGACAAUGUACACGUGUACAGAGUUGAUGGCUCGUCAGAUGACUUGGAUGCACCAAUCAAACUGUGCUUCAGGGACAACGCCUUCACCAAACGUCAUAACUUGUCCUCCAUUAACUCCAUAAACUGGGCGCGGAUCAUGGUUCAGACAGUGCACUAUAUUUACGCCUACUUACAGAUGUGCCCAUCCUGUGACAAAGUAGUUCAAGUUGUUGUACCCACAGGUGCCCUGGGCAAUAUAACUUCUGGCAUAAUUGCGAGACAGAUGGGGGUUCAGUUAGAGUUCGUGUGCGCAGUAACCCAAAACGACGUCGUAGCACGCACAAUUCAAACAGGAAAUUACGCAAUUGCUGACCACGUGAUUGAGACUUUGGCACCAGCUAUGGAUAUCCAGAUUCCAUACAAUAUGGAGAGAAUCUGGUAUGUGUUGACAGGGGGAGACUGUAAACUAAUUAAAAAACUGAUGACGGAAUUUGAAGAAACCGGAAAUGUUAUGGUCCCCAAAGAAAUCACAGAGGCCUUACAGAAGGUCGUUGUGGACACGUUUGUCGCUACCGAUGACGUCAUCAGACGUACGAUGAAAAGAACCUGGGACGCACAUGAAUACCUGGUGUGUCCUCAUACUGUCACAGGGGUGGCCUACCAUUAUCAACAGCUCCAGAAGAACCCUGAGGAAAAGAAAGCUCGAAUCAUCAUUGCCACGGCAUCCGUUAUAAAAUUCGAGGAGGCGCUGCAAUCGGCCGCCAUUCCAUUCACACGUGACCCACGAGUAUCGAAGUUAUUUGAAAGCAAGCAGAGAUACAAGGACAUGAAUAAAGAGGAUAACUGGCUGGAAAUGUUACAGGACAAAAUAGAGGACAUCGACAGAAAUCGCGCAAAGGAAUGACCAUUUGAGAGAAAAACAUGUUUUGUUUUACUAUAACUGUCCAAUAAAAAGUUUGGUUCACAUGCAUAAAUGCUUGAAUCAUCUGUAUUACUCAUGUGCAUUAUGUUUCCAUACUAUU